UUAUCACAACUUCCACUCGUGAACCUUUUCCAGUGCCCAAACUAUAUAUACACACAUAAGCGUUUUCAGUUUCUGUGAAACACCACAAACACUAAAACACAAAAUGAAGUACCUCAUAACCACCAUUCUUACGUUGUUCUUUGUGUUUCCCUUUGCAUUUGGUGAUCUGAGAGUUGGGUUCUAUGGCUCUAGCUGCCCCAGAGCAGAGGAAAUCGUUCGACAGAUUGUUCAAAGGAGAUUCAACCGCGAUCGAUCCAUUACUGCAGCCUUGCUUCGCAUGCACUUCCAUGAUUGCUUUGUCAGAGGGUGUGACGCGUCCAUAUUAAUAGACUCAACCAGGGGCAACCAAUCUGAGAAAGCCGCAGGGCCAAACGGCACCGUUCGGGGCUUCGAGCUAAUAGACGAAAUAAAAAAAGCGUUGGAAACAGCGUGCCCUUCAACGGUUUCAUGUGCGGAUAUAAUAACCCUUGCCACACGUGAUUCCGUUGCCAUGGCAGGUGGGCCCCGAUACGACGUCGCAACGGGAAGGCGUGACGGCCUCGUCUCGAGAAUCUCUGACGUGUCGCUGCCUGGGCCACGUUCCACUGUGUCGGCGGCGCAGCAAGCGUUCGCCGCAAACGGCAUGUCGUUGGAUGAAAUGGUGACGCUGUUGGGAGCGCACACUAUCGGUGUGGCGCACUGUAGUUUCUUUCGCGACAGGCUCAACGACCCCAAUAUGGACCCUGGUUUGCAGGCCAAGUUGGGCCGGAUUUGUAGGCCCAAAAAAGGCGAUCCCACAAGUUUUCUGGACCAAAACACGUCGAUGGUUUUUGACAAUGAAUUCUACAAUCAAAUUAUUUUAAAGAGGGGUGUGCUUUUUAUUGAUCAGCAAUUGGCUUUGGACCCUUUGUCGAGUAAGUUGGUGUCGGUUUUUGCUGGAAAUAGUGCUGUUUUUGAAAGGAGUUUCAUUAAUGCUAUUGUGAAGAUGGGGAACAUUAGGGUUUUGGUGGGGACUGAUGGAGAUAUUAGGAAAAAUUGUAGGGUUUUUAACAAAUGAGAAUUUGUGCCUGUGUUUCUGAUUAAUUGUGUUUCAAUUCAUUGCUUCAGUGAUGGUAACGUGCAGCGAUUUCACUGCAAUGUUGUAACUUCUUCAUGUUGGUAAAAGAUUCAUAGAUGUUUGAAUUAA